UUUGUUUUUAUUUCUGGAACUGCACCACCUUUUGUUUAUUAAAUACAAUUUUUAUUUUUGGCGACAAUGGAUUUCGAUAGUCCCGAGGAGAAGGAGUUUCCUGGAUUAUAUGCAUCCCAAGCAUCCGAUGCCAAGUCAAAGAAAAGCAAAGAGGAAAGCGAUUACAGUGAAGGCGAUGAUAAGCCUAGUAAAAAGGAUCUACUUAGGCGUAAGGAGAAAAAGGAAAAGGGCAAGGAUCGUGGCUAUGCAGCUUUAGAGGGUGAGAGCUCACCAGAGGAGGAGCCUCUGGACACAAAAAGCCCUUCCAAGUCUAAGAAAUCAAAAACGUUUAAGUUUACCAGCUCCAAGAGCAAGGAAAAACGCGAAAAGUCCCGUGACAAGGACAAAAUGGCAGCUGAAAAGGACGAAGAGCCCAGCUCAUCACAUCAUCACAAAUCCAAGGACAAAGAUAAGGAAGAGAAAAAAAAGGAUAAAGAGCGCAAGGAAAAAGACAAGAAAGAGAAAUCAGAAAAAAAGGAGAAAAUCAAAAAGCUAAGCAAGUCCCAACAAUCUCAGCAACAGCAGCAGGAGGAAGAUGAAAAUUGUGACCAGGAUUUGGCCUUAGGUUACCCUGUCUUUGGUGUGUCGAUAAGUUUAGCCACAGAGCGCUCCCGUUGUCACGAUGGCGUCGAUUUGCCCUUGGUUGUGCGCGAUUGCAUUGACUAUCUUCAAGAGAAUUCCCUAAAAUGCGAACAAAUCUACAAGGUGGAGCCGAUUCGGUCUCAACUUAUGCACUAUAAGCGCUUGUAUAACAAUCGAGAGUAUGACAAGGAUGUGGAUGAAAUGACUUUACCCACCGCUUGCAGUCUUUUGAAAUUAUUCUAUAAGGAACUACCCGAGCCAGUGUUAACAACAGAUUUGGUUGAUCGUUUCGAGAUGGUUGCCACACAUUCAAAGCCACGGAAACACCCAACGGAAUUCCAGGAACUAAUCGAACUACUACCCAAAUGUAAUCGCACUUUGUUGGCCUGGACAAUGCUGCACUUUGAGGCGGUUAUCAAGAAGGAACGCUUCAACAAACUUAAUGCUCAGUCUCUGGCCAUGUUGUUGAGUCCGACGCUUCAGAUGUCGCAUCGUUUAAUGGUCGCAUUUCUAUGUAAUUGCCAUAUUCUUUUCUCAGAUGUCACACUGAUAAAGUAUGUACCUCCCCUCACAUCAUCAAGUCCAAACCUGCCUGAAUUACCCGAUGACAUACAAGUGGAAUUGAAGAAACAGGACAGUCUCUUGACUCAGAUACAUAGUGAAAUGAAUGCUGGUUUUAUAACCAAAAAGAGAGAAGAACAACUUUGGGAAGUUCAGCGUAUAAUUACUCAAUUGAAACGUAAAUUGCGAACUUUUGAAAGGAAACAGGAAAAAUCAAUAGAAGAAUUGGAUAGUAAUCAAGCAACUCAAUCAUCAAAAACAGCAACGUCAACGACAACAGCAUUAUCCCAUUCAGCGCCAACUGGCCAUGAUACCACUGAUUCUCAAACAACAACAGCAACUGCACCAGUAUCAACAGGUCCUCCACUGACAUCAAUAGUCAACGAAGAACAAGAACAAAAAAUCGAAUCAACUCAGUCUGUAUCAUCGCCCACACCCGAAUUCUCUAUAGAUCCAUUAUCUGGUUAUGUCCUUUUACCAAAAUCAAAUCCUCAACGAGACGAGUUGCUACGUCUACAAAUCGAAUACGAUGAACUAAUGGGCUGGCAAAAUGAAAUAAAAGCACGUAUCCUAAGCGAACGUAAUGAGAUUUUUCGCCUCAAGCAGUUAUACGAUCAACAACAGAUGCUCAAACCAGCAGUAGCUCAGCAUUCCAAUAAUACUCCUUCGGCUUCGGCUAUGGAGCAUUCGAGUUCUACGGAAACGGAUUAUGAGAAAAUCAUUGAACACUAUACAAGGGAAAAUACUUUAUUGGAGCAUAAAAAGAUUAUGCUGGCAAAUGCCCUCAAGGAGGAGAAGAAAGCGUGCAUAGCUCUUCAAGUAGAGUUGCGUUUACAAGAGUUUUAAAGUUCUUUACAUUACAUAUAUGUAUAUUUAUGCAAAUAUUUAUUCAUAAAAGUUAUGUUGUUAUUGGCAAAUUGCGAUCAAAAAAAAAAAACCAACAAACGAAAACAAUCUUGCUUGCAGUUUAAAUAAAAGCUCUACAUGUUUUAAAAAAGG